UUAAUUUAGAAGAAAGUUGCGCGUUGAUUCGCUGAUCCUGGAGACGUGCUGCGGCACAGGAAAUAGGAAGUAAACCUUUGUCAUAUGGUUUGGAGGAGGAGUUCAGUAUGAACUGGGAAGUGUCAAGAUUGUUAUUGAAGGUGACUUCAACUCCACACCAUUGUGCUGCUCAGUGUGACCAGGUACAAUGAUGGACAAGUUUGUCAUCAGGCGAUCAAAGAACUCCGGUAAUCCCAAGUCAGAACAGCUUGAGGUCAAAAAGCAGACAGGCUGUGAAACAGUGAACAAUGCAACGGCAGAGAAUCCAAGGAAGAAACUGAAAAGUUGGGUGGGCGAAAGUGAAGGAACAGAACUGACACCCCUCUUAAAUGAGCAAGGCUUGCUGAGAGAUGUCGACUGUUCUUGGAAGCAGCUGAGAGCGGAGGGACUGAAUUGUGAUUAUACCAAAAUAUUCACCAAAUCAGAGGCGGAUGACAUAUUUUUGCAGUUGGAGAAAGAGCUGGAGUAUUUUUCAGGUGAACAGACCAAAGUGCAGGUGUUUGGGAAAUGGCACAAUAUUCCACGUAAACAGGUGACUUACGGGGACCUUGGCCUGACCUACACUUACUCAGGAGUGACCCUGACCCCUAGACCUUGGCUUCCUGUGCUGGAGAUGAUCAGAGCCCGAGUCAUGCAGGCUACAGGACACACGUUCAACUUUGUGCUGAUCAACAGGUACAAAGAUGGACAUGAUCACAUAGGGGAGCACCGUGAUGAUGAGAAGGAACUGGAGCCUCUCAGCCCCAUCGCAUCAGUCUCCUUCGGCUCCUGCAGGGACUUCAUCUUCCGUCAUCGGGACUCGCGGGGGAAAAGUGCGACGCGCCGCCUGGAGCCGGUGAAGCUGCUUCUGGGUCACGGCAGCCUGCUGAUGAUGAACUACCCCACCAACAUCUACUGGUACCACAGCCUGCCCGUCCGCAAGAACGUGCUGGGCCCUCGCAUCAAUCUGACCUUUCGCAAGGUUCUGCCUCCCACGAAGGCGGACUGAGAGUGUUCCCCUCAGCACUGAGUGAAGAUAAUUGAUUGUCAACUCUCUUGUCUAUCUGUUUCUAAAUUCUCUCCCUUUUCCACUCAACUUACUGGGCUUAGAUCUGAUGUCAGCAGCAGCUCUGCUGCUACUUUAACCCAUCUGUCUCGUGGAUGAGGCCCUGUCUGGGGAUCCUUUCGUACUGCCUUGAAGGAGGGCAGGGAGCUAUCCCCACUGUUUCACUCAACAUUUAAUCCUUCAAACAACAUCACAAAAAUAAUUACUCGGUCACUCCACCGUUACUGACAGUGGGAUCUUCCUGUGUGUAGAUUGGCUACCCCUUUUCCUGCACAGUGACUGCGCCACAAAACCACUUGAUAAACCAUGAAGGACUGUGUGAUGUUCUGAGGCUGACAGAGGUGCUUUAUAAAUGUACGGCUUUUGUUUUAGUUUUGUGGUAGGGUAGCCUUGAUAGUAAUUGUCCGUUGGUACAUUAGUUAGAGGGCUUUACAGCUCUUAGUCAUGACAGUCAUCUCCUAAUGCUACAGGCACUUGAUGGAGGGGACAUUGAGGGGAAAACUGCCUCCCCCACCCACCCCCGCACUAACAGAAAUCAAUGGGAGCAUCCCAAACAAAGACUGAGUCAAGGUCCUAACUCUGUAUUCGUAGGACUGGGUUGAUAUUGGGCAGCAGUUGGUCUUAUACCAAUAAAAAUUGUGUUAUCGAUUUUUUUUUUUAAAUAAUCUGGUCCCUCUUAACAACUUUUGAGAAUAUUUUUAUAGCAGGAACUGAUGAGACCAAUAACAGCACAUGACUCAAACGCAUUAAUUAUCAAUGUGGAUUAUUUUGAGGGACUCCCAUUGACUGUGAUCAAGUAGAACGGUAGCGGACCUCCCUAGUAGUCUUUUAUUUUUAGUUUUACAUAUUUCCCAAUCAGCCUGUUCAGUGAUGUUAUUUACACAUCUCUGGAGUAGGUAAGGCUUGAACACAGGCCUCCUAGCCCAAACACAGGGACGCUAACACUACACCACAAGAGCCCAGUGUAGCAGUUUUAAAUCUUUGUGCCUGUUUCUUUUAAUGCAUGAGAUUUCAGUGGAAAACCAUCUUUGUUUUGCAGACGUUUCAUUACCCUGCUGGCUAACAUCAUCAGUUCAGUUCAACGGACACCAGAGUUUAAAUAACAGACAGAAAAACACAACAGCCCUUCAUCGGAGGCUGCACCCUAGCGGGGUAAUGAAAUGUCUGCGGAACAACAACAAACCAGCUCGGCGAGCCAACCAACCACAACCCGAGCUACAAAUCUACUCUAAAGCUUUAGAAACCAGCUUUAGCACCAGCUGCUGUAGAAUGGGAAUGUCAGUGUCCUAUCUGUGUAUGCAUUUUACAUAAGAAUUACACACUGCUGUAACAUUAUCUUUUAUUCUAUGCAGGCUUAAUCCCUGCCCAGAUUAACUCUAAAUUCUUAUGGAUGUUUGCUACUCUAUAAUUUAUACCCUGUUGCCUUGUGUGCUUUAGUAUUCAGUUUCGCUUUGGCUUCUCAAAGGAAAUUUCUGCUCCAACCAACUUCUCCUGUCUCAACAGCACCAUUAGAUGCAUAUUAGCUCCAGGCACGAGGCCACGCCCAGCCUGUAGAGAACACCUGAGGGAGCCAUCAGAUAAUGCUACGUUACUAACAUAGCCACUUGCCAUACAAACGCCUCUGCCCCUUUGCUACUCUUUGCCUGAAGAAUGCCGAUUUCCCUAAAUUAUGCUGAGUUUUAACCUAGCGAGAUCUAUAUUGUCUAUACAUGUGUCCUUCCCAGCACAGUUUUCAAGUGAGAACUGUUGAUUGCAUUUUGUUCUGAGGAGCAUGAUGACAAAUGGUGGUUGUGGUAUCUUAGUGCUCUGUAAGAUUAUAUUCCACAUGAGCAUCAAAAUUUAGCAAUCAAGCCAAGAAUGGUUUUCUUAAUGCAUUACAAAAAAAAGUGCAUUAUUGAAGGACACAGCUGGCUACAGCUUGUUAAAUUACAAUAAACAAGAUAAUUUAUUUUUC